AUGAACGACAAUGAUAUAUCUCAUCAGAGAUAUGAGCCAAGCCUUGAUUUCCCUCAUGACUCCCGCAGCGAUUCUGAUGACACAAUCGAUCAGAUCAAUUCUCUCGAACUCACUCGGAUAAACACCUAUCGACUUCAACAAAAGACGACAGUUGGAUCCACAAAAGGGCCAACUCCCCGUGAAAAAUGGCUACCGAUGGGUGCUAGCAAAGAAUACCCGCCAAUACUCCCAGACUCGGAGGCCUACGUGGUGGAAUUUGAUGGCGCGAAGGAUCCAUUGCAUCCAUAUAAUUGGUCUAUGCUGAGGCGGUACGUACUUCCAACAAUAUUCAUGGGUGUUGAUGAAGCAGUCAUGUCUAAUUCACUGAAUAGUAUAUCUUUAGUUUGCAUUUUAUGCUACGGUACAUUUGCCGGUUCAUUCGCAAGCGCGGUAUUCUCAGCGGCUAUCUCUGGCGUCAGUCAAGAAUUUCACACUAGCACUGAAGUCGGCUCCUUGGGUGUGACCCUUUAUGUUCUCGGGUUCGCUGCAGGUCCAACAAUCUGGGCCCCAGCAUCUGAACUGAUUGGCAGGCGCUGGCCACUGUCAGUCGGACUUUUGGGAUGUGGGAUCUUCACGAUAGCAUGUGCCGUCGCCAAAGAUAUCCAGACCAUAAUGAUCUGUCGAUUCUUUGCUGGUCUCUUUGCGGCGAGUCCUAUAUCGAUUGUUCCCGCAGUUUUCGCAGAUCUGUUUAACAAUGCUCAACGGGGUGUCGUUAUGUCGAUCUUCUGUAUGGCAGUGUUUAUCGGGCCUUUUGCAGCACCCUUCGUGGGCGGCUUUAUCGCAAUGAGCUCUCUAGGAUGGCGGUGGACAAUGUAUAUCUCAGCCAUCAUGGUCUUCCUGGGCUUUGGCUUGGUUGUUAUUUUCCUCGAUGAAACUUAUGCGCCUGUCAUCCUCGUGCGUAAGGCUGCUACCCUACGCCGCCAGACCCACAACUGGGGUAUUCACGCAAAGCAAGAUGAAGUGGAGGUUGAUUUCAAAGAGCUUGUUAGAAACAAUUUCGCAAGACCAAUUGUGAUGCUGAUCACGGAGCCCAUUCUGCUUCUGAUAUCCCUUUACAUCUCGUUCAUCUACGGUCUCAUCUAUGCUCUCCUGGGUGCAUACCCCGUUGUCUUUCAAGGAGUGUAUGGAAUGAAUAUGGGUAUUGGUGGAUUGGCUUUUGUUGGUCUUAUCAUUGGAGAGCUUCUUGGUGGCAUUUUUGUUCUUUUCAUACAGGGACCUUAUGCCAGAAAGCUGGCAGCCAAUGGUGACAGGCCUAUUCCUGAAUGGCGUCUCCCUUCUGCUAUCUUGGGAGCUGUUGCCUUUGCUGGUGGAAUGUUUUGGUUCGGCUGGACCGGAUUCACAUCAUCCAUUCACUGGAUCGUCCCUGUGACUUCGGGAAUUCUCACCGGAGCAGGGAUUUUCCUCAUUUUCCUGCAAUGCUUCAACUAUAUUGUUGACUGCUAUCCUUCCCUGUACGUUCUGGUGUUCUUGCCCCGAUCCUCCAACUGGGAAAUUUACUAA